CAGCGGUGAGAGAGGAGGUGAAACUGACCCGGAAGAGGAGUGGAAACCUACAUGUUGUAGUUGGAGUCGCAGCUUCUCGCAGCGUUUCCCCAGAUCGGAAUCGAUCUGAUCUCAGCCUUUACUUAUCAUCCCAGCAGUAACAGCGGAGCAGAGAUAAACCAUUCGCUUGCACAAUGCUGGCUCGCAAAGUGACAUUGGCGACCUGCGCUCUCAACCAAUGGGCUUUAGAUUUUGAGGGAAACCUUCAAAGAAUUUUGAAAAGCAUUGAGAUAGCAAAGUCAAAAGGGGCACGAUACAGACUUGGACCGGAACUGGAAAUCUGUGGAUAUGGCUGUGCCGAUCACUACUUGGAAUCUGACACUGUGCUGCACUCCUUCCAAAUGCUGGCAGAACUCUUGGCCUCUCCAACUACUGAAGACAUCAUUUGUGAUGUAGGCAUGCCGGUCAUGCAUAAAAGUUCCCUCUACAACUGCAGGGUGAUCUUUCUCAACAAGAAAAUCUUGUUAAUAAGACCAAAGAUGACAAUGGCGAAUAGAGGAAACUACAGAGAAAUGCGUUGGUUUCUCCCUUGGAACAAACCAAGGGAAAUCGAGGAGCAUUAUCUGCCAGAAAUAAUCCAGUUGGUGACAGGACAGGAAACAGUGCCAUUUGGAGAUGCUGUGUUGGCCACGAAGGAGACCUGCCUCGGGAGUGAAAUAUGUGAGGAGCUCUGGACUGCUAACAGAACGCCGCAUUGAGGGGUGGAGAUAUUUACUAAUUCUUCAGCGAGCCACCAUGUCCUUCGUAAAAGCUAUUUGAGGACCGACCUCAUAAAGACGGCCACAUCAAAGAAUGGUGGAAUCUAUCUCUUUGCUAACCAGAAGGGGUGUGAUGGUGACCGUCUGUAUUACGAUGGCUGUGCGAUGAUUGCUGUAAAUGGACAUAUUGUGGCCCAAGGGUCACAGUUUUCCCUGGACGACGUGGAAGUCCUGACCACCACUCAAGAUUUGGAGGAUGUAAGAGCCUAUCGCGCAGACAAGACCAGUGGAAAAUUAAUGGCAAAUGAAGUUUACCCUCGUGUCCGUGUCAACUUUACACUGUCCUUGGCAGACGAUGUCUACAUGCCCUCCGUCCAACCCAUUCAGAUCCGAUUCCAUACUCCCGAGGAAGAAAUCAGUCUUGGACCGGCGUGCUGGCUCUGGGACUACCUCCGGCGAAGUUCACAGGCGGGCUUUUUUCUCCCUCUCAGUGGGGGGAUAGAUAGCUCAGCCACUGCCUGCGUGGUCUAUUCCAUGUGUCGCCAAGUGUGUUUUGCUGUAUCUCACGGAAAUGAGCAGGUGCUGGCGGAUGCGCGGAGGAUGGUGAGUGACCAUGGUUACGUUCCCAAGGACCCUCGGGACUUCUGCCGACGUGUCUUUACCACUUGCUACAUGGCCAGUGAGAACUCAUCCCAGGAUACUUGCAGACGGGCCAAAGAGCUGGCAGAGCAGAUAGGCAGCCAUCAUAUCAACCUCAACAUUGACUCUGCGGUGAAAGCAGUGAUCACGAUUUUCAAUCUGGUCACCGGCAAAUCGCCGCAGUUUACGGUGCACGGAGGCUGCAGCAGGGAGAACCUCGCGCUCCAGAAUCUGCAGGCGAGAAUCCGGAUGGUGCUGGCUUACCUCUUCGCUCAGUUGAGUUUAUGGACUUCUGGAAAACCUGGAGGGUUGCUGGUUCUCGGAUCAGCCAAUGUGGACGAGAGUCUCCGAGGAUACAUGACCAAGUAUGAUUGCUCCAGUGCCGAUAUCAAUCCCAUCGGUGGCAUCAGCAAAGCUGACCUCAGGAACUUUAUCCAGUAUUGCAUUGAAAACUUCCAGCUCACUGCUCUCCGAAGCAUAAUGUCCGCUCCACCAACUGCAGAACUGGAGCCACUGGCCGAGGGACAGAUCGCACAGACGGACGAGGCUGACAUGGGGAUGACGUACGCAGAGCUAUCGGUGUUUGGAAAGCUCAGGAAGAUCGCCAAGUGUGGCCCUUACAGCAUGUUCUGCAAACUAAUCCACAUGUGGAAAGCCAUCUGCACUCCUCGACAGGUGGCUGAGAAAGUGAAGCAUUUCUUCCGCACGUAUUCAAUCAACCGGCACAAAAUGACAACGCUGACUCCUGCAUACCACGCAGAGGACUAUAAUCCCGACGACAACCGCUUUGACCUCCGACCAUUUCUGUACAACACCAGCUGGUCCUGGCAGUUCAAGUGUAUUAAUAACCAGGUCACAAGACUGGAAAGUACUCGAGGGAAUAUUGCGGAUGGUGCUUCCAAUGAGAUCAAAUGAAUGCUGCCAGCUAAAUGAUGAGCUCUUAACCUCCGCUAAGGAGCAUGUGUUCCUUGGAUGAUGUAUUCAAAGGAUCAGGCUGCAGAACUUGUUAAUACAUCUGACCAAAAAUAGCAGGAUUGGUUUUAAUUAAAAUGCUUUCCUUUUAGUGUAAUAA